CUAAAGAUCAACACACAAUAAAUUAUUAGUGAAAUGACAAGUAAAGAAGAGAGCCCAGAAGAGCUCACAAUGGAGGAGCUAAAGAGAGAAAUGAAACUAGAUGACCAACAACUCGACAGUAGAAUUGAGGAGCAUGAUCUACCUGAAGUGUCAGCAUGUUUUGAUAACACUGAUGACUAUCUUGAGAAGCUGGAGCUGUCACCUGGACAACAAACUGACAUAAAUGAAGAAAAAGCUAAAGCACUCCUAAAUCGCACUCAAGCCGGAAUGAAACUUGCCCUAAAAUACUGGCAGAACAAGAACCAACUGCAAGCCACUUUCCGAGCUCUGCUACUCAUCUUACUCUCCCUGCUCAAAGGAGACGUUGCUGUUCGAGUGUGCAAGUACUUGUCUGACAAAUACUCCACCUCGUGUCCCCCCUCCCGAGAGAGGGUCCUGCUGAACCACAAGCUCUCAUCGUACAGGGACUACCUACAAAGUCGCUACAGAGCACAAGUAUCCACAUCAGCCACACAAUGGCCUCCCGUCCCAACAAACAAAGUGUUUAAACUGGCCAUGAUUCAAAAGGAGAAAAUACAGAGAGGAAGAAUCGACGAUGAAUUUGUUAGGCUAACAAUUACAGGAAAAAUCGAUGAUAUCUUACUUAAAAAAACUCCAGUUGAUUUAACAAACAUUUUCUCUGAGAUUAGAGAUAGACGAAACUUUGUGUUGAUUGAAGGAGCUCCCGGCUCUGGCAAGAGCACCCUUGCUCUACACAUCUGUCAGGAAUGGGCAGAGGGAAAACUGUUUCAAGAGUUCGAUAUUGCAAUCCUCGUGAGACUGAGAGAUCCCCACAUUAAAGAAGCUAAGAGAACAGAAGAUCUCCUCCCUUGUAAAAAUUCCACACUGGCAAGCCAAAUUGCAGCUGAAUUUUCAGAAAUUUCAGGCAAAGGUGUACUGUGGGUACUAGACGGAUGGGACGAGCUUCCUACUGACCUCCCUAGAAACUCGAUCAUAAACAAAUUAGUAAGACCAGGCAUUUCACAAAAAGGAGUGCUACAUGAAUCUGCUGCGAUUGUAACAUCUCGACCGUCCUCUUCGGCUGAGCUCCAGCCACUAGUAUCGUCCAGGGUGGAGGUGUUGGGGUUCACUCUACGUGAACUAGAGCAGUACUUCACAGAGUGUUUGAAAGGUGAUUCACGAGCUGUACAGACUCUACUGGAGAGAAUUCGAGAGAACCCAGUGGUAGAAGGAAGCUGUUACCUCCCCCUCAAUGCUUCCAUUAUCGUUAAUUGCUUCCUUUCUGAUAACCACUCACUCCCCACAUCCAACCACGGGAUAUUCACAUCAGUUGUUCAGAGCUCUCUCAAGAGAUACCUCCAGGAUAGGUUGGGGAAGACCACUUCAGUGGGAGACAUCACAUCCCCAGACUCACUGCCCUCGGAAAUCAGAACACAGACCGUACAAAUGUGUCAACUUGCAUAUCGUGGAAUUAAAGAAAACAAAGCGACAUUUACUGACAGAGAUUUGACCAUUCUCUCCAUUCCAAAGAACAUUUCUAACAUUGGAUUACUACAAACUGUUUCCAGUAUCAUUAGCGAUGGUCAUCUGGUUUACUACUGCUUUCUCCACCUGUCUAUUCAAGAGCUACUAGCAGCAAUCCACAUCUCUCUUAUAUCUCCCAAGCAACAAAUCUCUGUCUUCCAGAAGCUGUUUGGUAAUCCUCGAUUCAGUGCAGUCUUCCAGUUUUACGCUGGUAUCACCAAACUAAGAAGCAGUAGACCAAUCCUUAGCAAGCUACCUCGAUUCUUGUGUCCAGUUCCAGCCACUGUUUUUGAUCUGGUCAGAAAGGUUGUCAAAGGUGAACUAGAGAGGCGUUACGGUCAGACAAAGCCUCUCUUGCUGUCCCUCGUCAACUGUCUGUAUGAAGCUAAAGACUCGUCACUAUGUAUAUUUGUGGGAGGUCUGAUGGACAACAAUCUAUGUCUAAGUUACACUACAAUGAAUCCUAUUGACUGUCUGUCUGCUGGUUAUUUUGCAUCAAUUUGUGCAUCUGACGUUACUAAUGAAUUCAUAAUGAACCUUCCAUUAUGCUCUAUUGAUGACCAGGGCUGCAAAUUUCUGAUCCGAGGACUCUCCAAGUGUUCACACCCUCAUUACAAAAUUAGUCUUAAACUUUACGGUAAUGAUAUUCACGAAGAAGGGAUAUGGCACAUUGCUGAGCUGCUCGUAAACACUGGUUUGCUAUCCAAAUUAGAUUUGUCUGCAAAUUCAAUUGGUAACAGUGGACUAAGAACACUCUGUGAGGCCUUGUCAACUAACACCUCAUUAAAAUAUCUCAAUCUCUCUGACUGCAAUCUUUCUGACUGCUCACUAUCUCUUGAUGAUCACGGAGCAAUCCCUCGACUACUGAACACAAACUCUACUCUUGAAUAUCUAAACUUGUCGUACAGUGUUAUUCGUAACACUGAGCUAAAAAAUAUCUUUAAGGCCUUGUCAACUAACACAUCAUUAAGAAUACUAAAUGUGAGCACUUGUUCACUUACAAUUUCAAACAACAAUGGAGCUGCCCUAUAUGAACUUUUUACUAAAAAUAAUUCCCUUGAACAUCUUGUUCUGUCUGGUAAUACAGUGACCAACUGUCGUCACAUUGCUGCUGGACUUGCAGUCAAUAAGACUCUGAGAACAUUGAACUUGACUAACUGUCAACUGACUGAUCAGAGUAUCGAGGAGCUAUCAACUGGGCUGGUCAACAAGUUUGAAAAACUGAACAUUUGGGGUAAUGACUCAAUAACAGAAGAUGGAAUGAAGACGCUUGCCAGACAUUUAACCACCCACUCAGAACUGACGUGUUUGGGACUACCAUCUCAGCUAGAGUCCUGUAUCGAGACAGUAUUCAGGGACGCUAACAAAAAGAGGAAGAGAAAUAGACUACCUGAGAUCAAUGUGAUAUAG